AUGAAAUUAAAUUAUUUUACAUGUUUAGCCUUUCAUAUCUGUUUGCUUCCAAAAACAACUCAUUCGUAUCUUGGUGAAAAUUGACUGAUCCUAUUGUACCACACGGGUCAUGUAACCAACAAUCAGCCAUCAGCGGUAAGAGAGGACAUGUGACGCGGCGGUGCUACUAGUAAGUCAGUGGGUUGAAUGUGGAUCGGCCAGUAGAAGUGAUUGUGGAAAGAUCCGAGUAGGAUGAAACUUGAAAGUGAUGGCAGGCUUAGGUAAAACAAAGUUGAGCGCAAGAACAAAAGGUUCAAUGGCUUCCUCAAGCCAUGCACGUCAGGACAAUAGAUUAAAGAAAAAUAGCAAGUAUCUGAUUCAGAUCGGAUUAGAUUAUAAAAUUAACAAUCUCACAUGCCUAAUCACUAAAACAAAUCUUCAAAGCUCAAAAAGAAAAGACACAUGAAUUAGUAGAAAAAUUAAGGACUCGACGAUGCACUGUAAGUUGGCAAAUGACAACAGUAAAAUUAAGAUAAAUUAUAAGGAAAAGGAAGAAAGGAUUCAAGCCGCUGACAGCCCUCAAAUCGGUAGCGGCGAAAACAAAUCUGUGUUAUUCCUCAUUGGCCAACAAAUGAAACAAACCAGAAAAGAUUGAUUGGAGAUAGUGUUAUUGUUUUUAAUCUUUCUAAUCAUUUAUUGUAACACUGAAUUUUAUAAAGCAAGAUGAGGCACUUCCUUCAAUGAUGCUAAGCAUGAAGUAGACAAUGAUUUCUGUCAAAACUCAGCUAAUUAUGAAUGCAAAUUGUAUUUAUUGAAAACCAAGUGGGUGGUGACCCGUGGAGCCAGGUGAUAUUGAGCCUCUCUCUUCCUACUCUACGACUCUUUCAUAGUUUCUGUUUUGGAUACUUUGUUUUACAUUCAAUCCUCCUUUCCACUUCGAUCAAAAUCUACCACCUACCUUUCAAUUCUAUCCUCACAGAGACCGAACACUUUCUCACCACUUUAUCUAGAUGUAUGGACUCGUAUGCUCUUCCAACUUGUGGUUCUACCCCUAACUUCAUCUGAUCUGUUAUUCACCUUUUAUCAGAAAUGUCGGGUAGGUCUUUUUUGCGGGGUACUGAGAGCAAAGAAAGGCUGCUUCCAAGGAAAGGGUAUUCGGAAUUUGGUUUCAACAGCUCGGAUGUUUCCGAGGAUCGAGUUAAAUGCAGGUGUUUUCGAUCAUGUUGUGAUUCGAUUGAUAACUUCUGGAGUGGAUUGCAAGGACUCUUUGUCAAGUUAUAUGAAAUGGGUCGAUCAGAUCCCCGCAAGGUGAUUUUUGCAACGAAAAUGGGGUUUUCGCUAAUGUCUAUAUCAUUGCUUAUGCUUUUCAAAGAGCCUCUAAAGGAAACUAGUCAAUAUUCUAUCUGGGCAAUUCUUACUGUAGUCGUGGUUUUCGAAUUCAGCGUAGGUGCAACACUUAACAAAGGGUUCAAUCGAGCUAUAGGGACUUUCUCUGCUGGAGCCCUUGCUUUAGGCAUUGCACAAGUAUCAACAUUGUCUGGGAAGUAUGAAGAAAUUAUUAUUUUGAUAAGCAUUUUCAUAGCAGGAUUUGCUGCUAGCUAUUGCAAAUUGUACCCUCCCUUGAAGACAUAUGAAUAUGGUUUUCGGGUAUUCUUGUUGACAUUUUGUAUUGUACUGGUGUCUGGGAACAACUCAAGAACCUUCUUCAGAACUGCUUUUUACCGGUUGUUGCUUAUCUUCAUUGGUGCUGGCCUGUGUUUGAUUAUAAAUAUAUGUAUAUACCCCAUAUGGUCCGGAGAGGAUUUGCAUAAAUUGGUGGUUAAAAAUUUCAAGAAUGUGGCUUCUUCCUUGGAAGGUUGUGUUAAUGGAUAUCUGCAAUGUGUUGAAUAUGAGAGGAUCCCUUCCAAAAUUCUCACUUACCAAGCAUCUGAUGAUCCUUUGUAUAGUGCUUACAGAUCAGUUGUGCAGUCUUCAAGCCAAGAGGAUACUCUGCUAGAUUUUGCCUUAUGGGAGCCUCCACACGGUCCUUAUAGAUCAUUCAACUACCCAUGGAGAAACUAUGUCAAAGUAAGUGGUGCAUUGAGACAUUGUGCAUUCAUGGUCAUGGCAAUGCAUGGCUGUAUACUUUCAGAAAUUCAGGCACCAGCAGAGAAGAGACACGUGUUUGCUCUUGAGCUGCAGAGGGCUGGUAAUGCAGGAGCUAAAGUGCUACGUGAGCUGGGACAGAAAGUUGAAAAGAUGGAAAAGUUAAGCUCCGGAGACAUACUGAGGGAAGUACACGAGGCAGGAGAGGAUUUGCAAAUGAAGAUAGACGAAAAGUCAUACCUUCUAGUCAAUUCAGAAAGCUGGGCAACUGCACCGCCUCACAGGGAAUUGGAAGAAUCUGGGAGCAUGGCUGAUGUUAAAGACAAUGAGCAUAAAGUGAUAAAAUCCCUGAGCGAUAUGUGGGAAGUUCAGCACACGAUUGAUCCUCGUGCGCCGGACUUAAUUACCUCGGAGAGCAUGCUCCAGAAACCAUCAUGGCCCCGUCUCUCGUUUACUGCAGAAGCAUUGCUACAGCAACAGGAAUCUAAAAUAUAUGAAAGUGCUAGUGCUUUAUCCUUAGCAACGUUCGCAUCACUAUUGAUUGAGUUUGUUGCAAGGCUCCAAAAUCUCGUGGAUGCAUUUCAAGAGCUUAGUGAGAAAGCAAAUUUCAAGGUUCCUGUGGACCAAUCACCUCAAAAGGAGGCUCCAGGAUUUUGGAGAAGAUUAAGAAAUUGCUUUCAGUCAAAGAACUAAAUUCUAUAAAAGAAGACAAAAUGACAAAAGAAAAAAAAAAAGAAAAAGAGAGUGUGUUUUGGAACAUAUAUUUUGGGCGUUUUUGGAAUUAAGUAGGUUCAAAUACAGUUGUUAAGGGAGACAAAAGCUUUUAGAUUGAUUUCUACACUGUUGUAACUUUCCAGAUGCAUUAAAUUUGCAUUGAUGGGAAAGAACCUUCAUAUAGAAAGGCAAAGGGUGAGCUUGGAAACUGAAA